AUGAAAGGCGAUGAUUCUGUUCAUGGAGAUGCAACGACUGACCUUCAGUCCCCUCGGGAAGAUGUUGUAACUAUGGCUAGUGACGGGGAUCAUAUGAUCCGUAAAAGCUUAAAGGACAGUAACAGUGAUGCCCCAAUCUUUGGGGAGUUGUUGGAUGCUGAGGUUACUGUUAACCCAAUGAAACUCCGCGAAGCCUCCCGCGCGGGGAUUCCCCCAUUGUACCGCAGUGCUGUGUACCGAUAUCUCUUAGGGGUCUCAUUUGUUGAUAAGUCACGUGAGAUGACGGUGGAACGCAUGCAAGAAAAGGAUUUCGAGCAACUUGAGGCAACUUUUGCUCAAAUUGUAGCAUGCGAUGAAAAGGGGGGGUCAACGCGGUGUCAUGCCUCGCAUGCACUCUUUGCAGCUAAUUGCGACACCAUGAUGACACGGAGGGAGAGCAAAUUUGUGAAUGGGUAUCGCUGCUCAGAUCGCUUCUCUACUUUUGGUUGCACGACGUGGCUCGCAGUUCUCGCCCGACUGAAGUAUAUGCCUCAGUUUGUUGGAAACCAUGAACGUCGUCAACGUAUUGAAUCCGCAUGGAGGGCUUUGUACGUCUGUCACUCGGAGGCAACGCCAGAUGAGGUAAACUACAUCUUUGAGCUUGCCAUUGCUUUCGAAGCAGUGUACAGUACUGCACGAGACAUAUAUUUUUCCGUAGAAUCAAUAUACCACUUGUUGACGCAUCAUAACAAUGUGCUUCAAAACAAGCAAUGCCUACAACACCACUGUGGUGUGUUUUUAAUGUUGUUUCGUGCUACAAACUUUGAGUUAUAUCGCCACUUCGUAACUGAAGGCGUUUCAGUACUUGAUUGGGUGCCGGGGAUACUUACGACACUGCUUGCUGGACGACUGCAUGUGGAGGAUUUGCUUCGGUUGUGGGAUGUGUACUUCGCGGAUGCUCAGAACUGCUUAGGUUUUCCGCUGCAUCCGUAUGUAUGUCUAGCCAUUCUGGCAGAGAUGACUGAGGUGCUGAUCGAAUGCGAGAAGUCGGGCAUUAUUGAACUUUUGCAAAAUAUGCCGCGCAUGAGAAUGGGGUGUAUCAUUCAGAGGGCUAUCGCGCUAAAGGAGUCGGUACUUUCACAAGGACUGCUUUAG